GGAACUACAGAAUUGUGCCGCAGAGAAAAGAAAAAGAAAAAAGAAAAACGGAUCGCUCGCAGGCGCACACGAUCUGCAGACGAGAGAGAACUGUCAUGGCGCACGAUCUCAACACAAACGAAGAUUCAGACGACGUGAUGAUAGUUGAUUGGAGUACAUAUGGCUACAUUAGUACUCACCCCUCACUCAAUUUACGGUUCAUACAGAAAGAGGAGCAGAGCAAAAUCAAACAGGAGGAGAAAAUUAUAAUCAAGUUCGCUGAGAAUCUUGCAUAUUCACUUGAGGUCAGACAUAAUAAUAUUUUAGGGGUGCACAGAGGUAAGUCUAUUGGUUUUUUGUUUAAUUUUCCUUAUAGUUUGUACUUUUGGUUCAACAAUUUAUGGCUAUACCGAUUUCUACAAUUUUAGAGUAUCCCUAAACUCUAUAGCUUAUACUUCUGUCAUUUUGGUAAUCGGUACAGACUUUGAAAGAUCAACAUUCAGGGUGAAAGAAAUUGUUAAUUGGAUGAUUAUAGUAUUUCGUUUAUUGAUUUUGGGAUUUCCUAUCUAAUUGUUUUGUUUCGUCUAUGCUUUUCAGGAAUAUUGAAUAUUUGAGGAAUUACUGUAUAACGUCAAAUUUCUUCCCGAAGAACGACUGCCCGGGCGGCACGAUUGGAGACAGAAGACGAAUGUGGGAGAUGAUCGGAGUAGAUAUGGCUUUAUCACCAUUCACCCCACUCUCAAUUUACGGUUCAUAUAAAAGGAGGGAAGGGAAAGAGGAGCAGAGCAAAAUCAAACCCAGAAAGAGGAAUAAAUUAGUACCAAAAUCGGUACUUUGUCUGCAGAGCGGAUUCUCGAUCAAACCGGAAACGCAGAGAAAGUAUGGAGGAACUCAAUUGACAGUGUUGCUAAUUCACUUGAGGUUAGACUCGAUAAGUGUUCCCACAUUUCGAAUUUAAUUUAUUUGGGUUUUUGUGAUUUUCUGAAUUUUACAGAUUAUAUGUUUGUAUUUAUUUGCUUUGCUUCGGUGUACCUCAUGUGUUCUACUUUGAUUAUAUAAAGGUUUGUAAUUUUCUUUUCAAAAUUUCGAUGCAUUGGUUAUUUAUACACGUUUAUAAUUCACUUCUCUCUGCUUCUGUUUGUAAUAGUUGGAACUAAAGUGAGAUGAGAUGAGGUGCAUGAAUAGGAAAAGAGUAUGCUUUGAGAGGCAAUCAAAUUUCUAUUUUUGAAGAACAAUCAGUUGGCAAGCAAUUUAAUUUUUCAGAUUUUAGUAUUGUUGUUGUUCUAUGUUUAGGCAAUACAGAAAGUAAUAAGGAGCUUAACAAAUGGUAGAUUAUGACUUUGAGAAGAAUGAGACAUAAGCUAAUAGGAGCCGGAAGCUAGCAAAGAAGUCAUUUUUGCAGUUCUGAUGAGUUCCCUCUUUUGCAGCUUCAGUUCAGUUGGUUCACUAGAAGAGCUGGUAGGUAAUAGAAACAUCGGAGCAGGUAUGUUUAGAGUCUCGCUUCAUUGCCUUUGCAUAGAAGCCUAUCCUUGCCUGCACUCAUGUGAAUUAUGGUUUAAUUGAAACAAGCCAUUUGUGUUUCUUUCAUUCUCUUAGAUGCUGGAAUGACCAUAUAAAAUAAUGCAUUCAUUGUACAUUUAAUCACGUCUAGAUAAUUUAAGGAGCUAAAAGCAAAGGCUAUGUUGAAAUCAGGGUAGUAUAUAUAAUUAACUGCUUGAGGAUAACAUAGACUUCUCUACUGAUUUUGGCCUUCAAUUUUUUUGUUUGUGGUUUUAGAAUAUAGUUUUUUAAUCUUCUGUUUUGUCAAACCUUGGCCUUUUGCUUCAUUUUUGAUGGAUUUGAAGCUUUUUUUGGAUUAGCUAAACUGGCUUGCAAACUGGGCAUUUGAAAACGAAGGGCUCAGGGGAAAACAUUAAAAAAAACUGUUAGAGUGAGUGGACGAAAAAUAAGUAAUUUCGAAUGAAUAAGUAAAACGUAAUGCUUUCCCAAAUUAUUCUCUAAAAUCUAGCAUGCAGUAACCAUCUUGAAAAUACUUUUAAUCAUCAUCUUUACUGCAAUCAUAAUCACGUAAAAAUAGAACAUCUUGCAAACUCUUAAAAUCUCAUCCUCAAUCCUUAUAAAAAAACGACCUUUUCCAGAGGCUCGUUUGGUUUGGUUUGGUUUGUUUGACCUUAAUCUACUACUAUAAUUGGAGGCGUUUUUUUGGUGUCAAAGGCUUCACCAAUUUUUUAAAAUUCCUAAAUUGCCCACUACAGAUAUAAAGUUCAGAAAAAUAAAAGAUAUGAAGAGGGUUAUUACUGUAAAAGACCAGAAAGAUGAAAGAAGAUAUAAAUACGGAACUACAGAAUUGUGCCGCAGAGAAAAGAAAAAGAAAAAAGAAAAAACGGAUCGCUCGCAGGCGCACACGAUCUGCAGACGAGAGAGAACUGUCAUGGCGCACGAUCUCAACACAAACGAAGAUUCAGACGACGUGAUGAUAGUUGAUUGGAGUACAUAUGGCUACAUUAGUACUCACCCCUCACUCAAUUUACGGUUCAUAUAUACAGAAAGAGGAGCAGAGCAAAAUCAAACAGGAGGAGAAAAUUAUAAUCAAGUUCGCUGAGAAUCUUGCAUAUUCACUUGAGGAAGUGGCUCACUUUUUGAGAACAGAGGGAUACUGGUGGAUUGCAACAAGGCUCUUUCAAACUUCAGUUUGUAGAGUCCACUCUUUUUGUUGAGGUUCAGGUCUGAAAUGCAAUUUUAGGGGUGCACAGAGGAAUAUUGAAUAUUUGAGGAAUUACUGUAUAACGUCAAAUUUCUUAUAUUCCAGAAAUACACCCCCAACGACUAAUGGACAAAAUGGAGCAGCCACGUGCCCGAGAUUGACAACGGCGACAACCAUUGAGUUCUUCACAACAACAAACAUAUUUGGCACGGCGACGUGCAAUAGCUCAAGGAAAGCGUCCAAUGGUGGAAACUAGCUCAAGCAACAUAACAAAACAAGCUGCAGGAAAGGUACGAAAUAGGUGCCCUCAACAAAAGAAAAAAUUCCAAAGAGACGAGGGCUUUAGGAGACGUGUUUCCGUGUUUUCAUCUGGUUGGCGGAUGGGACAAUCAGUAAAAAUGAACACCGCUUAUCUUAGUGAGCUAAUUUUGAAAGAGUGGAAGAAAAAGAAGCAUGCACAUUGGCGAUACAAAAACGCACGUAGAGAUUUGAUGACACAAGAUAUUUAUCAAAUUAAACGAACUUGGAGAAAAGUUUUGCGCAUUAGGAGGCGAAGGCAUCGUGAACAGAACAACUUUUUAGCUAAGUUCUACAUCAAGCGUUUUGAGGAGUUCAAGCAUAAUAUAAAGAACUCUUCCAAUAAUUGGAGCAUGGGUGUUGCAAUAAGGAAAUUAUCUAAUUUCAUGUUUGAGCAACGACGGUUGACAAAUGGAUGGCUGAGAUGGAGUUGAUUGGAGCAUGUGGACUUUAUUGAACAAAUAUGUAUAUAGCCAUGUAUAGAAGUUUCUUUUUAAAUAAGUAUGUUUUUAUUUUGUGGUAGUUAACCAAUUCCAAUAAUAAGUACACUUAAAUGUGCGACGCCCUGGCCUCCCAUUACGUUUUGGCUAUUAAAAUUAUACAUAUUUGUAUAUA